AUGACUACAGGCAGAGUCAACCCUUACAGCAUCGUGUCCUCCGAGGAAGACGGGCUGAGGUUGACCACCAUGCCAGGUAUCAACGGCUUUGGCAAUGGGAAAAUCCACACCAGGAGGAAAUGCAGGAACAGGUUUGUAAAGAAGAAUGGUCAGUGCAACGUGGAGUUCACCAACAUGGAUGACAAGCCACAGAGGUACAUUGCAGACAUGUUCACCACAUGCGUUGACAUCCGCUGGAGGUAUAUGCUCUUGCUCUUUUCCCUGGCAUUUCUGGUGUCCUGGUUAUUGUUUGGGCUGAUUUUCUGGCUAAUUGCACUCAUUCAUGGAGACCUAGAAAACCCGGGUGGAGAUGAUACUUUCAAGCCUUGUGUUCUGCAGGUCAAUGGCUUUGUGGCUGCUUUUCUGUUCUCCAUUGAGACCCAAACGACGAUCGGGUACGGCUUCCGCUGCGUGACCGAGGAGUGUCCGCUUGCCGUCUUCAUGGUGGUGGUUCAGUCCAUCGUGGGCUGUAUAAUCGACUCUUUCAUGAUUGGUGCAAUAAUGGCAAAAAUGGCCAGGCCCAAAAAAAGGGCCCAGACAUUACUUUUCAGCCAUAACGCAGUAGUGGCAAUGAGAGAUGGGAAACUCUGCCUGAUGUGGAGAGUUGGGAACCUACGGAAAAGCCACAUAGUAGAAGCCCACGUACGAGCUCAGCUAAUUAAGCCCAGGAUCACAGAGGAAGGGGAGUACAUCCCGCUCGACCAAAUAGACAUUGAUGUGGGGUUUGAUAAAGGCUUGGACCGUAUUUUCUUGGUAUCUCCCAUCACCAUUCUCCAUGAGAUCAACGAAGACAGCCCCUUGUUUGGGAUCAGCCGCCAGGACUUGGAGACAGAUGACUUUGAGAUCGUCGUCAUCCUGGAGGGCAUGGUAGAGGCCACAGCCAUGACGACGCAAGCUCGGAGCUCCUACCUGGCCAGUGAAAUACUGUGGGGCCACCGCUUUGAGCCCGUCUUGUUUGAGGAGAAAAACCAGUACAAAGUAGACUAUUCCCACUUCCACAAAACCUACGAGGUCCCGUCCACGCCCCGUUGCAGCGCAAAGGACUUGGUGGAGAACAAAUUCCUGCUGCCCAGCACCAACUCCUUCUGCUACGAGAAUGAGCUGGCUUUCAUGAGCCGCGAUGAGGAAGAGGAAGACGAUGACAGCCGGGGUCUGGAGGACCUCAGCCCGGACAACAGGCACGAGUUUGACAGGCUUCAAGCCACAAUAGCGUUGGAUCAGCGGUCGUACAGGAGGGAGUCAGAAAUAUGA